CUCGUUUCAUCACUUUAUCUUCACGAAGGUAUCCGAAGCAAGACGAAGGCAGUUCCAGGAUAGAAAUUUUGUAACUCAGUUCGUGAAUAAGAGAAAGAAACAAUGUCAAACGAAGAAAGAGUGAUAAAUUUCUUUCCGGGGCCUUCGGCGCUCCCAGCUGAGGUACUUCAAACAGCUGCAAAAGAAAUGCUCAACUACAAGGGUCUUGGCUAUGGUGUCAUGGAGAUGAGCCAUCGUUCCAAAGAGUUUGUGCAAAUUUGCGACAAUGCGGAACAAGACAUCAGAGAUUUAAUGUCUAUUCCAGACAACUACAAGAUCAUGUUCCUGCAGGGAGGGUGCACUGGCAUGUUUGCUGCUGUUGCCCUGAACUUUCUAGAAGAAGGGAAAUCAGCAGAUUAUCUAGUUACUGGCACAUGGUCUGACAAGGCGGUGAUUGAGGCUGAAAAGUAUGGGAAAGUCAACAGAAUUUUUCCAAAGCAGAGCAAAUACACAACAAUCCCGCCCAAAUCAGAAUGGAAAUUUAACAAAGAUGCAUCAUAUGUCUACUAUUGCUCCAAUGAAACUAUUGGUGGGAUUGAGUUUCAUGAUAUUCCUGAAACAAAUGGUGUCCCAUUGAUCUGUGAUAUGUCAUCUAACAUCAUGACAAGGAAAUUUGAUGUGACAAAGUUUGCUUGCAUUGUUGCCGGUGCACAAAAGCUUUUGGGUCCAGCUGGUGUCGCCAUUGUCAUUGUGCGAGAAGACAUGCUUGGUAAAGAAAGAAAGGAGUGUCCAACAAUUUGGAAUUUCAAGAAACAAGUUGCAAUGGAGUCGAGACUUAACACCCCACCUUGCUACAGUAUUUACAUUACUGGUUUGGUCUUAAACUGGAUGAAACGACAAGGGGGAGUUCAAACUUUUGAAGAAAGAAACGCAAGGAAAGCGAAACUAUUUUAUGAUACUAUGGAAAACUCUAAAAGCUUCUACAGCGCUAUUAUCGACCCCUGUGCAAGAUCAAGAGUAAAUAUUCCAUUCCGAGUUGGACAAGGAGAUGAAAAUCUUGAAAGCAAGUUUGUGGCAGAGGCCAAAAGUCAAGGUCUUGAUGGACUGGCAGGUCACAGGUCCGUUGGCGGUUGUCGAGCUUCAAUUUACAACACACUGACCUAUGAGGAUGUGGAACGGUUAACAGGAUUCAUGAAAGAAUUCCAACUGACUAAUCAAAAUUAAAUCGACCGAAUGAAACCGGACUAGUUUAGAAAGUAUCCGAGUUAAAAAACCGGAUGGAUCUAAGAAGCAACCGGGUAAAAUAUCAAGAGACCGGAUGAUUCUAAGAAGCAAACGAACAUUUAUUUAGAAGUCGGAUAUAUAUUUAUAUUAUAAAAAUAGAGUUAUCGCGUAAUAUUGUUUUGUGGGUGAGACUGGGUAGACCGGACUAGUUGCGAAUUAUCAAGGUAUGCUUUGGUGUAGUUGCUUCAUGAGCCUAACCUACCAACUGCGAUCGAGCUUCCUCGUUCUAUGCCAAAUUUUAUCAACGAUACCCCAUAGGUCCCCAUAAUCGCAGGAGAAUUCCUUGGAAAGUUCUAGGUGUCCGGCCCGGAAAAGAAAUUUCUAGAAACCGGUUUUUAGGUUCAGAUUUUAUUGUAUCCGGGUAGCUGAUGAACUCUGCAUGCUUGUAAAGCAGUCUCUUGAUUUUGCUUAAAGAGAUUUUACGUCACAUUUCCAGACACGGUGGCCUAAAAGACGGAUCACAUACGAUAGCCGUUCAAACGGAUUUUGGUUAGCCUAAACUGGGUCCGCAGAAUAGAUGCUUGAGUUAACUGUUUUAUUGUAAGGUAUUUAUACGUAUUUAACCGUUUUACGAAGGUUAGUUUGUAGCUCUAUUCAUUAUCGUGGGCAACGCUGUUUGAAGCCGUUGUGUUAGCUUUCUGUAUGGGGAAGAGGUUUCAGCGUAUUGUUAAAAGGGAGUCUUUAUUUAAAACUAUUUCUUUUUGCUUUGUAUGUUAAAGGGUACCUUCACAUUGCUUGGAAGAAAAUUUGUUGACUUUAAGUUGUGUAUUAAACAGGGGUUAAUGCGGUUGUAAACAUCCCACGAGCCAACAUUUUCAGACUUAAUAGGGUUCAACCAUACUGCUUUAAGUAGGGGCAGCGAUGUGCCAUCCAAGGACUGUGGCGGAGGGCUAAACAUUUUGGGGGGCUAAACAUGCUAAAAACAAGAAAAAGGCGAAGUUGUGUUUGGUUAAAGUACAUUCUGGAGAUUUUUGGGCGGGGGCUGAAGCCCCCUUAGCCCCCCGCUUCCGCGGUCCUUGGUGCUACCCCCUUGUUAGGUCCCUGGCAUCCCCUCUCUUAAGUCGAUGCCCUCCUGUUAGGGUAUCAAAUAUACUGUCACUCGCUUAAAGUAUAGAAUUCUGUGGGGUCAUUGCAUCUCGAAGUUUUAUAACCAUAAACUGUUAUUAUAGAUUUAUAUUAAACAUGUUAAGAAAGCAAAUUGGCAGAAUUUAAUGGUUGUCAAAAAACGAUAGAAAUUGUAUACUUUAGAAUCACUUUGUUUAAUCUAUGUUGCAUAAAUUAAUUUUAAGUUCUUUAUAAAAGUAAUCAUUUACUGUUUUUUAUUUUUGGA